AUGCUCUACUCAUGCAUAGCUCUUGCCUUGCUUAGCAACUCUACUUGCCAUGGGAAGCAACUUCUUCUCGGCACUCCGACCGCUGAUCAGCUACCGCGGACCAUUCUGACUCUACCAUCUCUCCCUUCGCAAGCCUCCUUGCCGUCGAAGCCCUCCGAAUCUUAUCUUGUACUGCCGCCCAUUCCAUCCAUCGCCACCAUCCUUCCCAUUCCAUCCAUCCCCGUCAUCCCUACAGUCCCGCCAAUUCCGGCCAUUCCCACCAUCCCGCCCCUUCCCGCCAUCCCCACAGUCCCACCAAUUCCGGCCAUCCCCUCCAUCCCGCCUCUUCCAUCCAUCCCCAGCAUCCCAACCUUGCCAGCUAUCCCCACAGUCCCGCCAAUUUCGGCCAUCCCCUCCAUCCCGCCUCUUCCAUCCAUCCCCACCAUCCCACCCUUGCCGGCCAUCCCGCCCAUUCCAGCCAUCCCCACAGUCCCGCCAAUUCCGGCCAUUCCCUCCAUCUCGCCUUUUCCAUCCAUCCCCACCAUCCCACCCUUGCCAGCAAUCCCGCCCCUUCCAGCCAUCCCCACAGUCCCGCCAAUUCCGGCCUUCCCCUCCAUCCCGUCUCUUCCAUCUAUCCCCACGAUUCCACCCUUGCCAGCCAUCCCGCCCCUUCCAGCCAUUCCCACAGUCCUGCCGAUUCCGGCCAUCCCCACCAUUCCAAGUUUCCAAAGCAGUGAACUUGAAUGAUAUAAAUAUAUUUGAAGCGAUGAUUUUGUUUGGGUUUGAUAUUUGAAAUUUUCAUGUAUGUUGUUCUAGUUGCAAUUAGCUUAAUAUAUCGUUGUUACAAGCUA